UUUGAAUUUGAAACAAAAAGAAAAGAUUAUUUCUCAGGUUAAACAUAUAACCCACCCACUAUAUAUAACAAAGAGUAUUUUCUAUAACGAUCUUCGAUUUAGGGAAAUAUUCUGAAUUAUUAUAUUUAUUGGGUUGGGUUUGGGAAAAAUUAAUUAAUCAUGAAGUUUGGAGAAACUUUCAUGGAGUAUCUACAGGCGGAAGAAGGUUCAGACAAAUUUUCUCCGCAUGUCGAAUACAAAAGGCUGAAAAAGGUUCUCAAGAGUUGCAGGGCUUGUAGGGCUGCUUUGAAGGAAUCCAAUUCCAAUGGAGAACCACAUGAUGAUCAUCAUCAACCUUGCCAGUUUGAAUCUUGCCAAUUGUGUGAUCAGAACUUCUUCUCUGAAUUGAAAAAGGAGGCUUCUGAUAUAGCUGGUUGCUUCAGUUCUAGAGUGAGAAGACUUCUCCAACUUCAUACUGCUCCAGGAAUACAAAAAUAUCUGGUAACGUUGCGUCAAUGUUUCAAGAAUGAUCAGCAGGCGAUGAUGCAAGAGUGCCGAAUACUAAUUGAAUAUGCCAUGAUGAAUGCUAUUGCCAUGCAAAAGAUUCUUAAGAAAUAUGAUAAAAUUCACAGCUCUGUGAAUGGAAGGAACUUUAAGUCAAAGAUGCGUUCUGAACGCCUUGAGAUUCUACAAUCACCAUGGUUGAUAGAACUAGGGGCUUUGUAUUUGAAUUUCAAUGAAUCGAAUGGUGGGAAGUCUAAUGAGAUUUUCAGCCAAUUUUCUUGCAAUCUCAGUGAUACAGGGUCUAUUAUGACUUUGAUGUUUCCAGAUUCUGUGAAAUUAGAGUAUGAUCUGACUUGUCCAAUCUGUUUGGAUACGGUCUUCAAUCCAUACGCUUUAGGCUGUGGGCAUCUUUUCUGCAAAUCUUGUGCUUGCACUGCAGCUUCUGUGAUGAUAUUCCAAGGUAUUAAGGCUGCAAGUAACAUGUCAAAAUGUCCAGUUUGCAGAGAGGUUGGAACUUAUGCUAAUGCAGUGCAUAUGAUGGAAUUAGAUUUGCUUCAAAAGAAGAGAUUUAAGCAGUAUUGGAAGGAAAGACAUGCUUCUGAACGAACUGAAAUGGUGAAGCAAUCAAAACUCUACUGGGAUAACCAAACAAGAUAUGCUAUCGGUUUUUAGAUAUUGUCUUGAGGUUACAGCGCGAUGGAGCGAUCUAUUUCCUCUGAGCUCCGGUUUUUCACAUUCCAGCUAAAGAUCAUCACCUGGUGUUUUUGUCUUAUUUAGAUCAUUGCUAGCUACCUCAUUCCUAGACUAUUGGAGUUUGACAAAGUUUAUAAAAGUCACCAUUGUGACUUUUCUUUCUUUUCUUGCAAAUUUCCUUUUUGACUCAUUUAACAGAUUUCAAGGUGGCGAUUUUGACCUGAAUAUGUUCUUGUGUAUUAUAAAUUCUUUUAAGCAAUUUUUAGUCGUGA